AUGUCUGCCUGGGCACGGAUAAGAGAUGCUGUCUUGACGUCCAAGUGGAACAAGCCUUUCCCUGUGACGUUGCUUCCUUCGGCCAUUGGAGUCUACUUUGCUGUUUACUUUGCCGAGAAGCAGAGUGAGCGCCAGAGACAGAUCCUGGAUGAGAUCAGAGCGCUCGGCGAGAACGAUAUCAACGCGGUCAAGGCAAUAGCAAGCAAGCCCCGAUGA